CCAUGAUUACAUUGUUGAAGGAAAGAGGGAGAAAACUAGAGCCGGGAAUUCUUCUGGAAUCUUUUUACUUUUCCCCCCUUUUGGCCCUAGUUUACUGAAGAAUCUUUUCGAACUUUAUUUCGCGGGCGCGCGCGUGUUUGUUUUAGUUUUUGCUCUUUGAUUUGGUCAACGGCCGAUACGUGUGUGAUUUUUCAUGUUCGUUUUUAGUCUGAAUUGACGGCCCCGUAACUCGUCUAGUGGAUCAUUGAUGAUGAUUUUGGGGGUUUAGCUCUUUGAAAUGAGUAUCCGACAAUAGGGGGGAUAUAAUGGAGCGAUUGAUUUCCGUUUGUUUGUGGUUGAUUUUCAUGUUGGAUUUGGUUUUCAGAGCCGCGGGAAAUGCCGAAGGUGAUGCUUUGAAUGCAUUGAGGACCAAUGUGGUUGACCCAAAUAAUGUGUUGCAAAGUUGGGAUCCCACCCUUGUUAAUCCUUGUACAUGGUUUCAUGUUACAUGUAAUAAUGAAAAUAGUGUAACAAGAGUCGAUCUUGGGAAUGCAAAUCUCACUGGUCAACUGGUUUCUCAGCUUGGGCAGCUUCCGAAUUUGCAGUAUUUGGAGCUUUAUAGUAAUAACAUAUCUGGGAUAAUCCCAGAGGAGCUGGGGAAUUUGACGGAAUUGGUGAGCUUGGAUCUUUACUUGAAUGAAUUAACCGGAGACAUCCCAACUACUCUGGGCAACCUUAAAAAACUCCGUUUCUUUUUUGCUAAUAAUCAACUCAAUAAUCCUCCACCUGCUCCACCACCUCCUAUCCCACCGACACCUCCAGCUCAAUCAGGUAUUAGUUCCACUGGUGCUAUUGCUGGAGGAGUUGCUGCUGGCGCUGCCCUGCUGUUUGCAGUUCCUGCAAUUGUACUUGCUUUGUGGCGAAAGAGGACACCACAAGAUCAUUUCUUUGAUGUACCUGCUGAGGAGGACCCAGAAGUUCAUUUGGGACAACUUAAAAGGUUUUCUUUGCGAGAACUGCAAGUUGCAACUGAUAAUUUUAGCAACAGAAACAUCCUGGGUAGAGGAGGUUUUGGUAAAGUUUAUAAAGGUCGCUUAGCUGAUGGUUCUCUAGUGGCAGUAAAAAGAUUGAAAGAGGAGCGUACUCAAGGUGGAGAGUUGCAGUUCCAAACAGAGGUAGAAAUGAUAAGUAUGGCUGUCCAUAGGAAUUUACUACGACUCCGUGGCUUUUGUAUGACCCCUACAGAACGACUGCUAGUCUAUCCCUUUAUGGUUAAUGGUAGUGUUGCAUCUUGUUUAAGAGAGCGUUCCGAGUCUCAACCAGCACUUGAUUGGGCUAUAAGGAAAAGAAUUGCUCUUGGUUCUGCAAGGGGGCUUGCAUAUUUGCAUGAUCAUUGUGACCCUAAGAUUAUCCACCGUGAUGUGAAGGCUGCAAAUAUAUUGUUAGAUGAGGAAUUUGAAGCAGUUGUCGGAGACUUUGGGCUGGCCAAACUGAUGGACUACAAAGAUACUCAUGUUACAACCGCCGUUCGUGGUACAAUUGGUCAUAUAGCUCCCGAAUACCUAUCAACUGGAAAAUCGUCAGAGAAAACUGAUGUUUUCGGGUAUGGUGUUAUGCUUCUUGAGCUCAUUACAGGACAGAGGGCUUUCGAUCUUGCACGGCUUGCAAAUGAUGAUGAUGUCAUGUUGCUUGAUUGGGUGAAAGGUCUUCUGAGAGACAGGAAGUUGGAAACACUGGUGGAUUCGGAUCUCAGUGGUAAUUAUGUAGACGAAGAAGUGGAGAAGCUAAUCCAGGUGGCUCUGUUGUGCACUCAAAGCACCCCAAUGGAACGACCUAAGAUGGCUGAAGUGGUGAGGAUGCUGGAAGGCGACGGCUUGGCUGAAAGAUGGGAAGAGUGGCAGAAAGACGAAAUUGUCCGCCAGGAGUUCAACCAUGCCCACCACUUCAACCACCACCAACCCAACGGGAAUUGGAUCAUUGCAGACUCCACAUCUCACGUCCCUCCAGACGAAUUAUCCGGUCCAAGAUGA